UGUCAGUCAUUCAGCUCAAGCCCCUGCAGAGACACACACAUAGACAUAGCGACACAUUAAAAAGAAGACAGACGGCAUCAUGGACGGUGAGUAGAAGAGCUUUCGUUUAUUUACAACAAAAAUACAUAGAAACAAUCAUGUUCAGAAUCAGUGCAGUUUGCCUGUGUGUUUAAUGUAUGUACAGCAACAUAUUUAGUUGGCCUUGUAUUUGAGACUCAGUAUAGCAGCACAGACACUUCCUCCUCCUCCUUCUUCUGUACGAUGUACUGAUUGACAGUCUGAGCAGAAAUGAGCCAUUUACAAACACUAACACACUCUUCAAUAGCAAGAUUCAUAAAGUGUAAUAUUCUGUCCACAGUCCUGCUGCCCUCCAUGCUCGAGGAUCCAAACCUCCGUGAGUACAACUCAAACCUCUCCUGACACUCUCAGCUGCCUGUCUACACAAGUCAAGUAGUCAGUGAAUGUAUCGCAGACUCUCCACUUCCUCUUUUAGUUCUGAAGCUGAGCAGACCUGUCCUGUGUGAACCAAAGCUGCUUUAGUUUUUAUCCGUAGUUUAUGGUGCGUGUGUGUGUGUGUGUGUGUGUGUGUGUGAUAGAGAGAUAAUAGAUAGAUAGAAAGAGAUGUGUUUUAUGUGUGUGAAUGUACCACAUCCCUGUUUCUCUGGUUCACAAUCCAUCUAAAAAAACAUGUAAGAAAUGUGACAAGACUUGUUUGAUCUGCGACAAGUGUGUGUGUGCGUACGUGUGUGUAUGUGUGUGUGAGGUGUGUGUGUGUUUAGUUUUAGUUCCUCUCUCACAGGCUUAUGUCGAGCAGCUUCAAAUCAGAGCAGGCUGACUCUCCCUCUUGUUUGAUCCUCUGUUUGAGCUCUGAUUUAAAGGCUCGUUCAUGCUCAGGUCUUCAUAUAAUACAUAAACUAUGUCAGACACUGCGGUCUCACAGACCACUCGAUUUUCAGCUGAUAAUACAACUGUACCCUGAGAGCCCUUGUCUUAUAUCUGCUCUUAGACCUAUCUCAAAUGCAACAGUGAAAAUGAGAUGCAGAAGUAAAACAGGAAGUCUAACUGAACUUAUAAUUACAGACAAAAAAGGAGAAAUAGAUAAAAAUGGUGAAGCAAGUGUUCAUCAGUUUCCUGUUCCCUCAGAGGAAUCAGUGUUUUUACUUUUGCAUGAACACAAAAUCACAGAGAUCAGGAAGCUUACAGAGACUUUUCCUUCAGUCAUCUUAAUUAAGCUGUCAGAUUUUCCUGUAGCAGAUGCUUUUUAUUCACAAUAUCUUCUUACAUUUUGUGAAGGACACUGCAAAAACUCAAACAAAGCGCUUUCGUCUUAUUUUAAGUUUCAUUAGACUAUUCAAUCCACUUUCUCCUGACAGGUAAACAUUGGGUUUUGAGAUAUUAAAAGCCCAAAAUAAGACCUGAAUUACUUUUCUUUAUGUAUAUCUGCUAAUGGUAUAUAUACUACAAUAUGCUCCAAUUUAGAAAUCAAACAUCCAGACAACCUUUGACCCCCAGUGAUACUGUGAACCUAAGGACUGUAGACUGAAUCUUGUUUACUUGAGCUAAACAUAAUGACCUAGACAUAUCCUAUGGUUUUUGUCUUUUUAAAUUUAAAUUGAAUUUAAAACAUAAUCUCAGGUUCGGUGUUGUAGUUUGUUGUAAAAUUUUCCCCUCGUAGUCCUGACUGGUAAAAGCAGCUUUGGUUAUUUCUUUUUGGUGAACUCCACUAUCUGGUAAAAAUCUGUAAAUUCCUGCCCAGACAUCUGAAACAAGAAGCUGAUUCUUUAUUGUCCAACCCUACUGUCCUCUGCUAUCAUGAUACCUUCACUGUCCAUCCUUCCAUCUCCUUUUCACCAAUGAUGCCUUCACUGUUAGUCUGAAAUAUCCGCUUUGUUUAUCCUGAUGUCUUUACUGCCUGUCUGCUUGAACUCACCACUAUCAGAUGCCUUUAAUGUAGGUCACUUUCCCAUCUAGUCUGAGGAUGCUUUCACUGUCUAUCUAGGCGUCCUCUGUGUUCUUAUGUUGCCUUUAAAAGAACACUAUGCUACUGAUGCCUUCACUGUGUGCCUCAAACUUCUAUGCUCUUGUGCGGCCUUGGCGGCCUUUCCCGCCAGUAUCUGUCGACAGGAUGCUGUCACUGUCAGUUAGUUGUCCUCUAUACUCUCCUGAUGCCUUCAAUGUCUCCCUGUCUUCUGCAGUGGCUGAGCCAUCAGUGCAGGUCUUUGAGCAGCCGAAGCAGAGAGGCAUGCGUUUUAGGUACAAGUGUGAGGGCCGCUCAGCUGGAAGCAUCCCCGGCGAGAAGAGCAGUGACAACAGCCGGACCUACCCAAGUGUGCAGGUUAGACUCUUUUACCUCUAAACAGACACAAACGUGUCCUUUACUAAAAGCAAGAUUCAGGUUCAUGACCAUGUUGCUUGAAAAAAAAAAAAAAAAUCUGCAGGUGUGUUUACACAAUAGGAACAUUUACAACUGUUUUAGACAUGGACAGAAACAUUGAAUUAAAUACAUAUUCAUGUUUACACAAUCUGAAAGGAAUAUUUGUGUUGUGUACAUGCACUAGCUUCAUGCGUCAUUAUUGGUUUUGUAGAAUUCUCUCUUGUAGUUUCACUGUAACAAACAAACUACUGUCUAAUUAGUCAGGAUUUAUUCUGUGCAUUGUUAUGAUUAGUCUAUUAUUAGAGCUACAGUCACAGUAAAGGUCCAUUCUUCAUAGCAACCGUCUGCUAUGCACAAAUAGCAGGCUGUUGCUAUGGAAUAUUGACCAAUCAGAACCAAGUAUUAAGCACAGCUGUGCAAUGACACAUGAUAUACUGUAUAUGUGUUAUGGUUGUUUAACCUACAUGUGUAUGUCUUGAAAUACAAGUUUUAAGCUGUAUGUGUCACUGCAUUCAUGGCCUUCACACACUCCUCAACCGUCUUAGAUCUUGAACUACAGCGGGAAAGGGAAGGUGCGAGUCUAUCUGGUGACAAAGAAUGAGCCGUACCGCCCUCAUCCUCAUGACCUAGUUGGAAAAGACUGCAGGGAUGGGUUCUAUGAGGCAGAAUUUGGACCUGACCGCCGAGUCAUCCCGUGAGUAUGAUCAAACAACAGGAAUUACAGUGCAACAACAUUAACAAGAACAAAGCAACACUGUACCAAAAAACACAUUAAAAAAAUACAUCGACUACAAAAAAAAAAAACCCAUCAGACUCUAAAGACACAACAGCAACAAUAACAACAAAACAACUAAAACUGAAACAACUACAUAGUAAUAAGAGGAUCUACAACAGAAUCAUAACACUGACCAAGAGUAAACACAACACAACACAUAGCACAUCAACUACAGAUAUGACAACAACACAGAAAAUAUCAGUAUGACUGGAACAACACAAGAUCCAAUAUUAAUGAAUAAAAUCAAUAACAACAAUACAGCAGACCAGUGAGUGUUACAGUCAGUUACAAGCAGCAUCAACAUGCACACAGACACACACACACACACACAAACACAGCAUAUUUGUUGGAUCAUGUCUGUGAUGAAGAUGGUAUUAUGGGAAUUCCCCGAGUGACAUAACUGAAGUGUGUGUUUGUGUGUGUGUGUGUGUAUUUGCAUGUAUGUGUGUGUGUGAGUCAGUAUCCCUGUGUAUAAUUAUAAAUCCUGGGCUGUUGUGCUGUAAAUUCAGAUUAAUUAGACGUUCAGCUCGUCCCUCACUGAGCUAAAUAUCUCCAGACUUGAUCUGUAUGUGCAUACUGGUGUGUUUGGUUAAUCACAGUCUAACAGUCCUGCUGUCUUUGUCAUCUUUAGUUUUCAGAACCUGGGGAUCCAGUGUGUGAGGAGGAGGGAGGUGAAAGACGCCAUCAUACAGAGGAUGAUGAAGAAGAUCAACCCCUUCAAUGGUGAGUCUUCCUAUGUGGUUGUUUCUGUUGUACACGUGCGCACUGACCAAGUGCAUGAACAACCGUUACUCUUAAAUCUGUUGAUUUAGGACAAACCCACAAACAGGGGGAAUGAGUUCAGUUUUUACCGUUCAGUUAAACCUCAGAUGAUUCCAGAGAACAGCCCUGCAUGCUGGUUUUGACCCAGUUCUCAGCAGUCUGAGCUGAUAUCUAGUCAGAGGUUUUCUCUCUGAUCUUUGGUUUGCACCACAAACUCUGUGUGUGUGUGUGUGAUGAAGCAGUUUCCUGAGUGUACUUUUCCUCUCUGUGCUGGGUUGUAGACAGACUUCAUCCUCGUGUACAAACAGGCGCUCAGAUACUUCCUCAUUCCUGGUUUACAGUUGCUCAAUUGAGCAGAGAGCAGGAGGCCACGUGAGAGCUGGGAAUGUAGGAUUCAUUGACGAGGAGGGGGGUGAGGGGGUUCCCCAGCGCUCACAGAGGAUGAUAACAGCUUUAUAGAAGCAUAAAAACUAGACUUGAAGCUUCAUAGUCUUCCGUGGUUGCUAUUUUAGGAAACAAAGUACUCUAGUGGGCUGACACUAACUCAACAUCACCUUAAACUUCACUGUACAACAUUUUUCAUUGUUUUAGACAAAACUUUGACCCCAUUUUGUGUGUAUUUGCAAAAUUUUACAUUGGUUUCAGCGUUUAGAUUCAGAAAAAGAUGCCAACAGCCAGCACUGGACACACUAACACUGUACAUAAAGAAAUUAAGUAGAACAAUUGCAGUUCCUAAAGUGGCCACUUGAGGCUGUCCCCCAAAGUGAGUCAGUCUCCAUAGAACCCCAUGUUAAAAUGUCCAACUUUACAGCAGAUUUCAAUCUGUUUGCAGCCUGUGACAGAAAUGGUUUUGGUGUCUAUAAAUCAAUCUUUACUUCAUACACACUGUGAUUGGGGUUAAUUUUUUAGAAAAGUAACCUUUCUAAAACAUGCGAGGGUUGAAGUUAUGCAUGAUUUGGGUUGUGGCCUCUUUGGGAAACAGGUGAUAGGUGCUUGCUGUCGACCAGAAAUUUCCAGUUUUGUCUCGCUUGUCCUGCUGAGCCAUUCUUUGACCUUUGUGUUUUUAUUGGAGGGUAUUUAUUUGCUAAAGACUUCAGAUGUUGCAUUCUUGUGAUAUUAUAGUGAUGUCAUGGUGGUAGUGUUGAAUGAAGGGUGACUACUGCUCUGUGUGAAUACCUCAACAUCAGCAGACAUAUACUGCUGUAAAACCACACAGCUGAAUCAAUGUAUAAUGUAGAACUUAUAAUUUCCCAUAAUGCAUGGCUCAACUAUGUGUUGCAUAACUGGUCAGGUUGCAGGUCACAACCACAGACACAGGUGCAUUUGCUGUGUUAUGGGCAGUCAAGUGUCCCUGUCCUCUAUCUGCUGCACACUUCUGCUAUGAAACUCAGCUGCUUCCUGUGCCCUGCUGUUCCCCAACACACACACACACACACACACACACACACACACACACACACACACACACACACACACACACACACGAACACCACCCACAACACCAAACACCCCCUUCAGUUCCCGCCAUAAUCACCACACAGCUGUAUUACACCGGCAGCACACAAAUGCUGCUCUCUAACCUCCAGUAGUCCCUUACACGUGAGUGUUUGGCCAUGAAAUAAAACAGAGAAAGCCCUAAUGAGGUCACCCACCUGUCCUUUAUGAGAUCACCGUGUUAGUGUUUGCUCAUCAUCAAGGCCCCUUGCACCCAUAGUAGAUCUGUAUACUGUGCAUAGGUAUAAAUAACACUGUAUGUCACAGUAAGCACAGUUCAGUCAGUUACUGCUGCAAUCUCUAACAUGUUUAGUGCUGCACAAGGUUCAAUUGUUUUUAAGUGAAAGAACAUUUCAUAUGCUAAUAACUGAUUUAGCAUAAAAAGCAUAACAUAUAUGAAUAUGAAGAUUUGGGCACAUUUAAAAUGGCAAAAUCACAGAAAUAAAUCAAAAUCUUGUACAAAACACUCUUUAUUUGGCAGAAUACCGCGUCUCAUGAUGUAUGCGUCCUGUGUUUUGUGUAGUAGUGCUGCUGGCUGUCAAACUGUGAGUCACAGAACGGGGAUGCUGUUUGUGGUAAACCCGGCACCUUCCUCCUCCUCCUCCUCCUCAUCGUUCUCGCUCUCAUACUUUGCUCACACGUUCACACCACACACUGACGUCAUCCUGAUCUCGCCCCUACCACCACAGACAGAAAGAGACCCUCUGCAGUCAGAUCGCAAUCAAACAGACACGUGCAUCGUGACUAGAUUACACUUAAGCAUGGAGGAGAUGCAGGAGUUUGAUGUCAUUCAAAGAAGCUGAUUCUUGUUGUUCAGACACUCAAGAUAAAUGUGCUGUGUGCAUGUGUGAACCUGUUUUUCAAGAUUUUUGUCAUAUUGUUUGGACGUACUUCAGUAUAAGAUUAUUUAGAUGCAAUUUUGACUUGGAGGAACUGAAUGAUCUUUACCCUGUCCACUCAGCCAAUCACAUUACAGCAACUCAAUGCAUUUAGGCAUGUAGACAUGAUCAACAUAACCCGCUGAAGCUCAAAUUGAGCAUCAGAAUGGGGUAGAAAUGGGAUUUAAAUGACUUUGAACAUGGUAUGGUUGUUGGUGUCAGACGGGCUGGUCUGAGUACUUCAGAAACUGUCAAUCGACUGGGAUUUCAGACACAAGCAUCUCUGGGAUUUACAAAGAAUUGUCUGAAAAAGAGAAAGUAUCCAGAGUGGACAACUGUGUUUACAAAAAAGGCUUUGUUGAUGUUAGAGGUUAGAAGAGAAUGGGCAGUAAGGUUUGAGAUAAUACCAUCUCUGAACACACAAUACAUCCAACCGUGAAGCAGAUGGGCUACAGCAGCCGAAGACCACACCCGGUGCCUUUCCUGUCAGCUAACAACAAGAAACUGAGGCUACAAUUUGACCAGACUCACCAAAUCUGGACAAAAGAAGAUUUCAGUUGAGACAUUCAAAUGAUGGGUCAGAGUUUGGUGUAAACAACAUGAUAGCUUGAAUCCAUCCUGCCUUGUAUGGCUGGUGCUGGUGGUGUAAUGGUGUUGGGGAUAUUUCCUAAACUCCAACUGAGCAUCAUUUAAACGCCACAGCCUACCUGGUUAUUGUUUCGAUCCAUGUCCAUCCCUUUAGGACCACAGUGUACCAUCUUCUGAUGGCAACUUCCAGCAGGAUAAUGCACCAAGUCACAAAGCUCAAAUCAUCUCAAACUGGUUUCUUGUACAUGACAAUGAGUUCACUGUACUUCAGUAGCCUCAAUCACAAGAUCUCAAUCAACUAGAGCCCCUUUGAGAUGUGAUAGAACAGGACAUUCACAUCAUGGAUGUACAGCUGACAAAUCUGCAGAACCUAUGUGAUGCUGGUCCAUGUAGAUUCUCAUUCAUCCAGGUCAUGGUUAUCUUGAAGACUCCAAAAACAGGCAACUGGACUGUAUAGAGUUGAGUUCAGUUGCCUGUUUUUGGAGUCUUCAAGAUAACUAUGUGCAAUGUCAUUUAAAUAUGGAGAAAAAUAUCUGAGGAAGGUCUCCAACACCUUGUUGAAAGUAUGCCAUGAAGAAUUAUGGCAGUUCUGAAGGGAAAGGGGGGUACAACCUGGGACUAGCAAGGUGUACCUUACAUAGUGGCCAGUGAAUAUAUAGUUUUAAAGGUGACACUCUUGAUAUGUUUUUGAGCUAAUUAGUAGUCGCUUAGCAUAUAGAUAUAGAAUCAGGGCACCAGCAGCCUCUGUGGAAGAGUAACAGGUUAAAAAAAAAGAAAGAUUUAAGGUUUUACCUGUGAGUUUAAGAUGAGCUACAAUACAAGGGUUUUUCAACUUUUAUGCUAGCCUAAGAUGAACAUUGAUCAUACUGCUGAACAUUUAUUUAAUUUAUAAGAGAAGAACUGAACCUUUGUUCUGACUCCUAUAGAAAAAGAAAAUAAUCCAGAAAUAUCCCAGUGUAAUAUUUCAAGUUCUAACCUGCAUUUACUGUCAGUGGACUGUUUCUGUAAUCCUACAGAUCAGACAGACCAUAAAAUGUGAGACUGGACCAGACAUACUUUAUAGGAUAUUUCUUAUUGUUUCAGUGUUUAUGACAGUGUGAAGUUUCAUGUCUGAAUUCCUCAGUGUGUGUAGGAAAACAGGGAAAGAGGGCAGGCAGAAACCUCCCAUGUUGAAAAAUACUGAAGCUAAUGAGAAGCGAAAAAACUGCGGUCCCUAAAGUGUCCUCUUGAGGUUGGCAAGGAACCCCUCAAACUGUACUGAGGGUAAUUUUUUAACACACAUUUUGAUUUAUAUGUAGACCUGAUGCAUAAAAUGGGGUUUAUUAAGGGGGACUGACAGCCAAUCACAUUACAGCAACUCAAUGCAUUUAGGCAUGUAGACAUGAUCAACAUAACCCGCUGAAGCUCAAAUUGAGCAUCAGAAUGGGGUAGAAAUGGGAUUUAUGCUGACUUGACAAACUGUUUGGCUGUAGAUGUUUUCAAGGGAGCUUAGGGCUGUCUAAACUCCACCUCUUUUCCUUUUUUUUCUUUUUCUUUUUUAACUAAAAGCUACACUAGGUCAGCAUCCAAAAUAGAAAACUCUAACAGUGCACUUUGCUUCCUCAUUCCAGUAAAGACACUGGGACUACGUACAUAUUUGAUGAAGUUUGUAAGAGAGACAGACAGACAGGCAGACAGACAGAGACAUGUUGGCAGCCCUGUUUCUCUGCCUCGGACAUAAAGGAGUUCCCCCUCAUCUUACAUAAAGUGCAAAGUUUCACUUACUACACUUGUGUGUCUGCAGUGUUGUUCUGUAUGCCUAUUGUGUCUCUGUAGUGUUGAUUUGUACACUGCAUGCCUUUCAGUGCUGCUGACAUACAGUUAAACAUACUCUAUCCACAGUCAGAAUGUGUCAGAAACACAAAAUUUAAGCGCCAAGAUGUUUCCCACUGCUUUCACACACGUCAGGGGCACCUUGGUCAUCCACUGCUCCUGCGCGAACACUCACGCACCCGUUUAAGCUCUCCUCUUUCCACUCUGUCGUCACAGAGUGUCACUUUGGCGACAGUUAGAAGGCGGGGGGGCGGGGGUAUGACUUGAAUACGACAUGUAGAAAUUGAGAGACGGGGGAAGAGAGAGUGGGCAGAUGUGAAAGCCGAUGUGUGUGAGAGGUUGUGUGCAUGUGUGUGGGUGUCUCUCAGUUGAAGGUGUGCGUUUGUGAGUUGCCUAUGAGGGUGGUUAUUGUGUGUAUGCAUGCAUGUAUUGGUGUGUGUGUGUGUGUGUGUCUAUGUGUAUAUGUGUGUGUGCGUAGGCUGAGGAUCUUAUCUAUGACGUGUCUGUAUUGGUCCAAAGUUGUGGUUUGGGGACAACCUACAGGUUAUGAGAACACCAAAGAACCUUUGUCUAUAUAUGUACAUAAAAUACUUAAUGUCUCUGUGUUUUCUUUGCCUUGUUUAUUCACACAGUAUUUAUUUUAAAUGUUGUAUGUAUUUAUUGGCCUAACUUAAAGAGAUGACGGAAAAUUCUGUAUUGAAUAUUUUUACUUUAAGGCUUUAACUUUAAUUCAAGUGUUUUUCUGACGUUACAGUAUAAGCUUUUUCACUACAUUUUGCGAAUACUGGCCUUGUAUUGUAUGAGGAUAUGUGGCAAAGAUAAUGUGCCAUUAAUAAACACAUGCUGAUCUUGGCAUAUCAGCUACAGUGUACAGUUAAUCUGUCUUUGAAACACUUUAAUAAUAACACCCACCAUUCCAUACACAUAAAUGUCUCCUAUACAUGAUAGUCUUAGCCAGAUACAGGUUUUAAAUAAAUUAUAAGAAAACUAUGACAUAAUGACACUUCCUCUAUGACACAGCUGCCUGCAGUUUCUGCCGUCAUAAUUUGUUUUCAUCUGCCUCAGAAGCACAGGCUGUCUCGCUUGAAUGCUGUUUUCCUGCUUGUACGUGUUGUCUUUGCUAAAUCUAAAAUUAUUCCAAAUUAGCUGAAGUUCUGCUCAAAGUCGUCAUUAAACGCUUCUUCAUAAACUUCCUCCUUUUACUCAGGCAUUCUGCUUGCUCAGCAUACAUACCACUAAUUCUUAAUGAGGGCAGCUGGCAGCGAGCUGAGGCUUCAUCGUAUUGUUCACAUGUUCUCAUGCUGGGUGUAGAUACAUGUACAGUAUUAACUACACAAAGGUAUGCACAUGUGAAGGUGGUGAUGAAAGUAGUUUUGUUUUUGUUUUUUUUGCGUUGCUCUGCUACAAACUAAAAAGUCCCCAAAACUUCAACCAGGAUAGACUGAGACAUCAGGCUAGAUAGUGAGAAAUGACCCUUUAAUUACCAAGCAUCUGCUCUGUGGUGUAAGUUAUACUGUUUUUCUUCUACCCAGCUGUGAUACUGACAUGUGCAUGUGUGUGUGUGUGUGUGUGUGUGUGUGUGUGUGUGUGUGUGUAUCUUCAGUACCACAGGAGCAGCUGUUGCAGACAGAGGAGUAUGACCUGAACGUGGUGCGUCUGUGUAUCCAGGUUUCCCUGCCAGACGAGAAUGGACAGUACACCCGACAUCUGAACCCUAUCAUCACCAACCCCAUCUAUGACAACCGUGAGUAUGUUCCCUCUGUCUGUUAAACAAGGGCUGAAUAUUUCCUUAGUUCCACUGGACUCUCAAGCCCUGUCCAAAUUUCUGCACAUGUGCUCUUCCAAUGAAACAUUUCUAGCUGAGGGGUUCAAGACACCAGGGUGUCCCUAUUCUCAACUAUUGUCUUCCAGUGGUGUCCUUUUGCACUUUCAGUGCACCCUCUAUGGCUAGGGGGCCACUAGACUUUGUGAAAGGCUUUUACCCAGAAACCCUGUUGUGAUAUGACAUGUAGAAACGCCAACCAAUAAGGGGACAAGGCAAAGGGGUUGUUUCAGGAAGCUGGGGAAAGGACUCGCCGUGGUUGCAGUUUUCACAGCAUUGCUGCUAAAACUGAGAAACAUUGAUCUGAUAUAAAUGAAGUUUAUUUUACAUUUCAGUUUGCCUGUUCAUACAUCUAAUGUAUGCCUCUAACAACAGCUGCAACAUGGCACAGUGAUGUUUUUCUCUGCAGUAUAGGUAUUCCUUCAGAAGCAGGGAUAAAUUGUUGGAUGACCAUAAAAGGAUGUCAACUACACUGGGUUGUACAGAGAGCUGUUCCUUUCCAUCUCGCCCUGUUAGGCUAUUGCUAGUUUCUCAUAUAAACAAAAUUAACAUUCAAACUGAAAAGUAAAGCAAAGUUAAUUUACCUGUUGGUCAGGCAUCAACAUUGCUGUUUGGACCAGAUUUAGAAACCAUCUUCUUCUGUAGUUCUUAUCCUCCUAUGUUUUAUCUCUGAACCUUAAUAGGAGUGAUGUGAUAUGCAAUAUGUGCAAAACUGUCUCAAUCCUGCCUGUUACAGCUAUAGUUCAUGCACUUAUGCCCCUAAAUGCACCUUUAACCACUGUGCACACCAAGGGCGAUCUUAGGCCAAAAGUACAGAAGUUAGGACAGCACCCUCAGAGUGGAGUCACUUUGGUUAUGUCCACACAUUGACAUUACCUAAUCAUGGAAGAGUACAACACUCUGAAGAUGAAAUUGUUCCAGUAGGUCAGGCUGCUGGGGUCAGAAGCAUGAAGUUGGUGUAAGACUCAGUAAAGUGGUUGAUUUCUUUGUCAGUAUCCACGUCAUUCCUGACACUGAAUCAAUGUCCUGCUCCCUGAAAUGAACAUGUAAUUAUGACACACCAGUGUUUGAACAAACAGUUCAUGCUGGAGGUACCUGUUGCAAGUGUUCGUUACAACACCUGUAUGUGUGAGCGUUAGUGUGUUUGUGUUGCACUGCGUUAGUGUUUCUCACUCACACGAAAAGAGGAAGUUCAUACACACUAACCAUCCAACAGUGCCGUUACCAUGGAGCACUUCCUCUUCUUACAGCAGACAUGUGACAUGUGACCCAACCCAAGUGGGGUUGUUUUUUUGUGAACUGAAGUGAAUAUUGAACCCAGUUAGGCUGAACAGCUAAACUACUUCAAGAUAAGGCACAUUCUGAUGUUGUAAUAAAUUCAUAUGUGUUGUUUUAGCCUAGUGUGAGUGGAAAGAACAGAUUUUUCAAAGAUUUGAUAUCAGAACAGGGUCAAUAUUUGCAAACAGCUCGCUUCCUGAGUUAUUUCCCAUCAUGCUCCUGGGGGAAAUUUACAAGACAAGUAAAGUCAGACUCAUAUAUCUCUAGUAAAUUGUGUUAUCCCCACCAUGAUAAUGCUGUGUGACCAAGCGUCUGUCUCUAGCAUCUCAUUUAGUGCAGACAAAGUGUUUCCAACCCUCCAUGUUUACUUCUACCCCGGUUGAUAGCUGCAGAUAGUUUUUUUUACAUUGUUAAAGUGACCUUUUAUGAACGUAUGCAUUAGCCAGAAUCAAAAAUUUUGUUUGGAUAUAAAUAAAAGACAGAAAAAGAGUUAUAUGAACAUAUUCCACCAAACCAAGAAAUAAUGCAAAGACCAUUUCAGCAAACUCAUAAUUUUGCAAAGUUGUUCUUGCCAAUGAAAGAGCUGGAUAUUCCUUCAUGCAAGGUGUUUUUUUACUUGUUUACAUGCAGUCAGGCUCGGUUGCUCUGUUUCAUGUGUACAACUUAUUUGUUAUCCAUCAGGGGCCCCAAACACAGCCGAGCUGAGGAUCUGUCGGGUCAACACGAACAGUGGCAACGUGAAAGGAGGGGACGAUAUCUUCUUACUGUGCGACAAAGUACAAAAAGGUAAACACUAUCAGUGGUUCUUAAAAUGACUUGAUCAUCCAGUUUGAGUACACUGUCAGCUUACAUCCAUUUUCUCUCUAUUCAUCUUCAUUCAUCUGACUUGUACUUCUUAUCCACAUUGCCAUCCUUUUGCAUGUUCAGUCAGUUUUCCACUCUUCUUUCCCCUACCAUCACGUCCCCUUAGAUGACAUUGAGGUGCGAUUCUUCUCCUCUAAUGGCUGGGAGGCCAAAGGCAGCUUCUCUCAAGCCGACGUUCACCGUCAGGUUGCCAUCGUGUUCAAGACACCGCCUUAUUACGACACCUCCAUCUUAGAGUCUGUUACGGUGCGCAUGCAGCUACGCCGACCCUCUGAUCAGGAAGUCAGUGAACCAAUGGACUUUAGGUAUCUGCCUAAUGACAAAGGUGAGCAGAUAUCUCUUUUUAUCCAAAUCAUGGUGUGUCCAGGGUGUGGUGGCAGUUCUCUGGUGGAGUGUAGCCCUGUAAUGCCUGACACCACAAAUUACGGCCAGAAAAUUCAAAUUUUUUGGAGCUGAAAUGUUUAUUUCACUUACUACUGAAAACCAAAAAAAUCUAAAUGUCCUUAAAUUUUACAAAUAUAUUUAUUGAUCUCGUUUGAUACAUUAGAUGUUUUUGGAAACUAAAAGAGGACAUUUUUAUCAUUUAUCGGACUGUAUUCAGGUGUUUUUUUUUAGUAAUUCGUUGAUCAUAUUGAUUUGAUAGAAGUAUAUAAAAGUAUGUUUCAAAUAUGACACUAAAGGGUUAAAUGUUCAUUUGAACAUUUUCUUUUUUACUUUAGAUCCUUACUUUAUAAGGGCGAAAAAACUCAAAACAGAGGAAGUGAUGAGGAUUUCACGACGGUCAGGUAAGUGCUCAAUGUGCUUAAUAUUGCUACUUACCAUGUGCAUGUGAUGAGAUGUUGCUUUUAUGAAUUUACAAAGAACUCUGGACUUUUUUUUCAGGUCCUUUUGCUGGUCUGGGUGGGAACAGGCCCAAUGCCAUACCACAGAGUGCCAUGGGUCGUGUGUGGAAAGGUAACUUAGUUGGCAAUGAUUAUAAAUUUAACCAAAUACAACUUUAUCAUCCAGAUCAGGAUGAUGUCGCCUUAUAGUCACACUGAAAGUCACUUUGUUUCCUCAGGAGACCACCUGAAGCAGCAGCCCAUGCCUAUGAUGCACCAACAACAUGUUUUCAACCAGCAAUACCAACAAGUCUCUCAGAGUAUGGCAAUGUCGUCGCAACCCUCGAACAUGCCACUCAGCCACCAAUGGGCUAAUCCUAACCCCCAGCUCUCCAUGGAUACAGUCACCAUCAACUCUGGUGCCAUGAACAACCUGCCCCGUCCUCAUCCUAACCCUGGCAGGCUGCUGAUGGACCGUAAAGCAGGUUUUACCUACAGAGCAGAGCACAGCAACCUUGAAAACAAUGUUCUACCUGAGCUCUCCGUGACAGACCUGCAGUGCUUGGAAUCAGUCCCACAGGCAGCUGGACUGGGCCAAUCAGAGUCCCAAAUCCUCUACAAUCUGCAGCACCAUAGGACAGAGAUUACCUCUGAGCCACGGAACCAGAACCAACCACAGAACCAGAACCAGGGUCUUGCAGCUUCAUGGUCCAAUUUCAAUCCUCUUAAUCCACACCAGAACCCCUUUAACGGCUCAGUACCUGGAGGUGGAGGGGGGUCACAGGGGCUGGGCUCUUUCGCUUUCGUGGAGGGAAUGGACGGGGAUGAGUUUAUCAAGGACCUGGUGGCAGGAGAGUCUCCUAUGGGCUUCACUUUAAAGCAAGAACCUCAGAUGUCAGUGGUACAAGAAACUCAUUCCCCUCUCAUGCAUUCCCCGAGAGAAAGUCAAGGAAACACUUACACCAACCUGGUCACACGUCCAGUGACCAAUGGCUCAAAUAUGGACCCCAUGGGGAGGGACUGUAGCGGCAACACACAGCCUCUCAAAAAUAUGCACAACCCUGAAGGCCACUAUCCAACUCUAGCUGACUAUAUCAAGUCAACUCGACAAGGCAACUGAAAAUGUAUGGCGCAGAAGAAGCCUAGAUGAUUCUAGUGAUCUUGUUUUUCAAGGCCAGACAUUUGGUUUUACCCAGUUUUGUCAGAGUCAGGGUCUCUGAAUUUUGGCCGAGGGGGCAUCAAGAUCAGGUAGGAUUGAGAUCACAAAUGUGAGCAGCCAGUCAGUCAAUUACAGUCGUUGUGUAAAAGUGAUCCCAUAGUUUAGUCUUUGGCAAAUGUAGCAUCGAAAAAGCCUCUCAGUAGUUUUGCAAAAUCUGCCAUUAUGCCGAUGACACCCUGUUGUAUAUUUCAUUUGAACCAGAUGAGACAAAUUUAAAGAGCUGACAUUUUGGUUUAAUGUUUUGUCCACGAGUCUUUGAUGAUUCACACGCUCCAAACAGUGCUUGGCUGGCUUUUGAGACAUGGUUGCUUGUUGACAUUAGUUUGAGUUGCUGCACCUGAGUGCUGCAUCCAUGAAUGGUUGCUCAAACUCCAAAUACUUAAAUUCAGUUUUACUGCUUGACCAAGCCAUCAAGACACAUUUCAUCAUUCAAGUGAAAUGUGUCAUUUAAGAGCACACCAGUGUCAUUACUUUCUAUCAGGAUGGCAGCAGGAAGCAAGAAGACCCUGCAGCGGCUAAACUACAGUGUGCCAAGAGAGACAAAAUAUCACAUGAUUAAAAAACCUAAAGUAACGUGUUACUUUUGGUCUUUGAAUACAUUGUGACAAAUGUAUUAAGUCCAAAAUAUAACUAAACGUCCUAUUAGAAACCGAAAAGAGGAGUCUGAUACAAUCUCUUUAUAUUUAGACUGCUCUAAACUUAUUUUGAUUGCCGUAACAAAGUGGCCAUUCACCAUUUACACUCCAUCCACAAUGCUGCUGCGAGGUUUUAACACAGUCUAACGGGCAACCACAUAAACCAUCUACUACUUAAAUCCUCAAAACAGGCUUCCUGUUUACUUCAGCUCUCAUCAUAAAAUUGUAGUGUUCAUGCAGAGAGCCAAAAACGCUCCAGCUUGAACACAGGGUCACUAAAUAAGUUCUUAUCUACAAAAAGCUCUGAGCUGUAAUUGUAUACAGGCUCUGGUUUAAGUAUUAACUGUUUCUAAUCCCUCCCAUUAAUGUACUGCAGAGUUUGGUGUGCAGCUGCUUUUUUAUCAACCCCAGAGUGCAAACUCCUGACUAGUUAACAGCAGUGAACUCCAGCUGGCCCUUAUUUGUUGACGAGUCACAUUGUAGGCUUUAAGUACAACUCAUUUAAAAAAUCAUAGUUUCAAAAGAGUGAAUGUAAUAUUUCUUUUCUCUGUGUGUCUCGGGUGACAAUGGAUUCACUGUCGAUUUUCUUUAUGUUACAUUAAAUGUUUUGUACAGAGGUGAUUUUUUUUUAAUCCAGCAGAAAAAUAUGUAUAAAAAUGUAAGCCAUUUCUUUGUAAUGAUUUUUUAAGAGUUUCUCUUCUUGUUGAUUGUCACAGCAAAGUAUUUGCUGUUCAGUGCACUCUGUAUUUACAUGUCAGCCCUAUAUGCGAGAGUGAAAGCAACAAACUUGCUGAAACCCUUGAUGGCUGUCAGGUACUGAAACUUCCAUUGAGGAAGUGGGAGGAAACACUUUUAGCGUGAUGUUUCCUCCGUAAUGACUAUGUCAUAGCAGUGAUCACAUGUUAUUCAGAGUUCUCAGAGUACUUAUACCACAUGUUGUAUGUAUACAGAUGUUUUAUUUAGCAUACGGAGCGUCUUUACCGAGGACACAUGUCUGAUCAUGAUCAAACUCUGGCUCCUGUGCAGGUUUCAUGUCUGUCAGCUAAAGCCGGGAUCAUCCUGACAUGCUGUCUAUUUUAUUUGUUACUUUACAAAGUUUUUGCUUUAAGAUAAUUUUUUGUAAAAGUUGUUGUUUCAGGACUUCUGUACAUGUAUUUUUUCUUAAUAAACAGAAUCUGUCUGAUUCACA